AACGCUUCUCAUUGGUUGCGUAAAUCGUAUGACAUUUUAUUGACAUUUUCUGAAGCUCAAACCUAACCUAAAGUGCAACCUACAUGCUAAAAAGCCGCUCACAAUUCAGGUGCCGCAAAAAUGACAGAAACCGAACAAAACGUUCUCGUGGGACCUGAAUUAGAACGGUUUCUGGAAGGCUCUUUAGGGGAAUUGUUGCUACUCUUACUGAAAACGCACUGUGAUAAUGUUUUACAAGUUGAUGCUGCCACAGAUGAAGAAUUGCCCGCCAAUUUAUUGCUUAGCCGAGCCAUUAAAAUAGCAGAGUGGUUCAGAAGUAUAGGUGUUAACGCUCAAGAAUCAAUUUCGAUUAUUAGCGAAAAUAGGCUAGAAUUUGCUGUUGUUACUGUAGCCACAUUUUUAGCAGGAUUAGUAUUUGCCCCCCUGAACCCUGAUUAUACUCCAGGCGAGCUGAAACAUGUUCUCGGCCUAUCUAAACCAAGGGUGGUUUUCUGCUCGCCCCAAACCAUCCAAAAAAUGACACGUGUCUUGCCGGAACAUCCAUUCCUCCAGCACAUCGUCCUCUUCGGUAAGAAGAAACUUAACCACAAAAAAGUGACCAUGCUUGACGACAUCGUAGCAGGAGCCGAUCCCGACAAUAUAGACGAAAGCUUCCAGGCCACUCCAGUGGAGCCAACAGAAAGCAUAGCGACGAUUUUGAUGUCCUCGGGAACCACAGGCUUGCCGAAAGGCGUCAUGUGCACUCAUGAAAGUAUGACGGUUUAUAUCGACGUUAUGAGAACCACGGUGGCCCAAAUCGUCGAGAACGACGACCCCAGCGACGCCAUGAUGGGCCUGGCGCCAUUUUUCCACUCCAUGGGUUUCAUGUUGAUGUUCCUGAACCUUCUGCGCGGCAAAAAAAUGGCCGUCUUGACCAAAUUCAAGACGAAGGUUUUCUUAGACGCACUAAUCAAAUACAGGAUAAAACGGUUGGUAGUGCCGCCACCAGUCAUGUUGGUGCUUCUGAAGCACCCUUUAACCAAACAAUACGACCUCUCCGGCAUCGAGGAAAUCCGGACGGGUGCUGCCCCCAUGGGGAAAGACAUGGAACGAGAACUGAAGGAGCGCUUCAAAGUGAAACACGUGUCUCAAGGGUAUGGCAUGACGGAGACCACUUUGGGGGUUCUAGUGAGCCCUUUGGGGGUCACAAAAGUGGGAUCAGUUGGGAAAAUCGUUCCAGGAAUGAUGGCCAAAGUGAUCGGCGACGACGGCAAAGCCCUAGGUCCGUAUAAAGAGGGCGAAAUUUGUUUCAAGGGACCUUUGAUAAUGAAGGGGUAUAUCGGGGACCCGGUAGCUACCGCCAACACGAUAGACAAGGAUGGGUGGAUACACACGGGCGACGUGGCCUACUACGACGACGAUGGCUACUUUUACAUCGUUGACAGGAUUAAAGAAUUGGUUAAAUAUAAGGGUUAUCAGGUGGCGCCAGCGGAGUUGGAGGCGCUGUUAAUUACUCACCCGGCGGUGGCAGAUGCCGCUGUUAUCGGCUUGCCGGACGAACGGGCCGGGGAACUACCGCUCGCAUUUGUGGUGAAAAAACCGGGCAAAACUACCUCAGAAAAAGAAUUAAUCAAAUUCGUCGCAGAUAACGUUUCGUCCCAAAAGCAGAUACGAGGGGGCGUUGUGUUCGUGGACGAAAUUCCUCGGAAUCCCACGGGGAAGAUUCUCAGGAGGCAUUUGAAGGAGCGCGCGGUCACACUUAAAUCUAAGCUUUAAGUACUUAUUUCGGUGAUAUUUUAUUGUUGAUAAUUUUAUACUUUUUUGUUGUGUAGUGGAAGUGCGAUUUUAAAUUAGGCCAAAGAUCUCGCUUGGUUUUUAAAUAAAAGAUGGUAUAAAAA